AUGAAGGCAUCCAGUUCUCUCCCACUGCCCUUCCUUGUGCUAUCUUUCCUGGGGAGCAUUCAUGCUGACCUCCCAUAUCCCCCCACUGCCGCCCCGCAGUUUGAGGGCUACCCUUACAGUGUCAUAUGGAACAUGCAAACUCCCGUUUGCAAGCAGAACAACAUCCCUCUGGACACCUCGCCAUUCCAGGCUGUUACCACCCCAGAGGCUGUUCCUGACCAGUUCCUCUUCCUGUUCUAUAUCAACCGCCUGGGGUUGUUCCCUUUCGUGAACGAGGACUUUAAUAAUGAGAUCAAUGGGGGCAUCCCGCAGAAGGGUAACCUGACGGCCAGUUUGGAAGUCGCCCAGGUGGACGUCGCCCAUUAUAUACCUUCAGAGACCAUCGCCGGCCUGGCUGUCAUUGACUGGGAUGCCUGGCACCCCCUGUGGGACAGAAACUGGGGCUCCAAGUCUGUCUACCGCACGUUGUCUAUCGACUACGCCUAUCAGCUUGACCCAUCACUUUCGCCAUCUCAAGCCAAGCUCGUGGCCAAGGAGCAAUUCCAGACAGCUGCCAGAAGCUACAUGGAGGACACAAUGGGUCUGGGGAUCAAGAUGAGGCCUAAUUACCUCUGGGGCUUCUAUCUCUUCCCUGAAUGCUAUAACUAUGGCUGGGAUGGCACUGACUACACAGGAGAGUGCCCCAAGUGGGCACAGACUGGCAAUAACCAGCUCCUGUGGCUGUGGCAGACAAGCACAGCCCUCUACCCCUCUGUCUACCUACAGACCAGUCUGGGCAGCACCCGCAAGGCUGCUCUGUACGUCCGCAACCAAGUUCACGAAGCCAUGAGGGUGGCCAGCCUGCCUAAGCACCCCUUCAAUGUCCCCAUCUACGUCUACACCCGUCCUGUCUUUGCCAAUCAAGCCAACAAAUUCUUGAGUGUGAAGGACCUGAUCCACACUCUGGGUGAGAAUGCGGCUGUAGGGGCCUCAGGUUCAGUGCUCUGGGGGGGCGUCACAGACUUCAAUGACAAGGCAUCAUGCGAGGCUUUGUCCUCCUACCUGACCUCCAACCUGAACCCCUACAUCGUCAACGUGACGGCGGCUUCCAGGCUCUGCAGCGAGUCACUCUGCCAGGGUAACGGCCGCUGCAUCCGGAAGGACUACAACUCUGACGUCUACCUGCACCUGAACCCUGCCAGCUUCUCCGUCCGAAAAUCUGGCGGAAAGUACAUGGCAGUGGGCAUUCCCACCCUCUCUGACCUCACCUACUUCUCCGAACACUUCACCUGCCAGUGCUACGCCGGGCUGAGCUGCUCGCCCCGGAUAGCGAGCGAGCUCCCCAUCGAACCCGUGGUCAUUCCGGUGUAA